GGCAUAGAAGGUCUUCACUGUGUAGUCAGGGACAGCUGAUGUGAAAUGGUUUUCAUAGACACGCUGAGGUCCACUAAAAGUUUGGUUGUACAUGAUAUAGAUCAGAUUUUGGGAUAAAUAACAUGGAAGCUGGUGGUGCUCCACAGCCUACAUUCGUAUUGUUGCUGGCCAUCUCCAUCCUGUUAUGACCACAGUGCAACCUUCUUAUAAUGGCUACUUUCAGCAGGAUAAUCCUCAAUGUCCUAAAGCUCAAACCUAAACGGGUUUCUUGAGCAUAAUGAGUUCCCUGUUCUCCAGUGACCUCCACACUCAGCAGAUCUCAACUGAGUAGUGCUCCUUUGGGAUAAGGUAGAACAUUGUGGAGAUGCAGCUGAUAGUUCUGCAGAAAACCGUGAUGCUCAGUGGACCCAGACUGAAAUCUUUGAGGAAUGUUUCCGACACCUUGUUGCGAUGAAGAAUUAAAGCAGUUCUGUUGACACCGGGUUGCUGGUGAGUGUAUAUUUCAUGGUUAACUGAUACCUUAGAACCGCUGGCAAAAUCGCUGCUCUAGGAUGAUGUUCAGUCAGUUGUUUUACUCUGGUAAAAUGUUCUUUACUUGAUGGGAAGAUGCAUUAUUACCAAGAAGACGAGAACAUGUCUUCACCACCAAACCUCCUCUGGUUUAAUGGAAGAAUAAAUGUGCUCAUCUACCUGACAUGCAGCCCUAAAUGAUCAGCAUAAUUGAACCAAUCCACCACCGUCCAUCGCUGCUUCUCUUCAGGCGUCAGUUUGGCUUUAGCUGAUACCUUCUAGUACAUUGAGAAACAUUGAUGCCUCUUUUCUUUUGUUUUCCAUCUUCUAUUUUCAGGACAUUCUGCUCUAAUGUCUUCCGUGCUCUCCAUUCUAGACUCUGCUGACUGGCACCAAGCAUCAUGUUUUGGGACACGCUGUUUAUUGACUUCCUGAAGGAAAUCCGGCGCUAUUUUCCUGACAAUCAGCUGUUUCCACAGCUCGUUAAGCUCCAUGUCCCCCUUCGGCUGCUGUGUGGACUCCUGCUGCUCACCUGUAACACUGUAAUGUGGACUAUGUUCUCCAAGGCUCUUCGUCACUGCUCUUCUUCAGCAAGGGCCACUGUCACAACCACUGCCUCCAACUUCAUCUCCUCUGCGAUCCUUGGGAGGCUCAUCUUUGGUGAGACCCACAGUGGCCUCUGGUGGAUCGGCAUCUCUCUCACUCUGUGUGGGCUGCUGGUGCUCCAUUCUGCAACACCUCACACAAAGGCUGAAAAAAAGGACAAAUGAUGGACGAAGGAGAGGCUUUGCUUGAAGCAUUGGUUGAACUUGUCAUUGCACUUUAAAUUGAGCAUAUUGUUUACAAAGCAGGGCAGCCAAGUAAGCAUUUUCAUGUUGAAAAUAUAUCUAAAUGAGUAAAUGUUUCACAGGCUCAACCUGGUUGAUACUUGGUUUAAACAUAAAAUGUUUUCACAUCUAGAAUCAGUUUGAUGUUUUUUAGAAUACCUGUUUUCAUCGAGACUCACUGGUUCCAGUGACUCUAGACAGCCCCAAAAAUUGAGCCUGAAUUGGCUGACUGAUAAGAUGCCAAAGGUUCAUUAAUUCAGCUAAUAAAUUACCCUUUAAAUCCUGAUCAGCAAAAUUAGAUGAGGUGUUUCUUCUUGUCUCAAAUUUGUUAGUGUGGUUUGUUGCUUACGUCUUUCAUCAGUACAUUCCUGUAAAUAAAGAUUGCUUUGAAUAAUACAUUUAUACUUUGAUUCACGUAGCAGCCCCUGGAGAUUUUUCUUUUAGCAGUUUAAAGCAGUUUCCAUUAGAGAUUAGAACAUCUUGCCCUAGGCAUAAGAAACAGAUUCAAUCCUGGUUCUUUUUCAAUGUGUAAUAGUUCAAUCAAUGGGAAAGAAAAAGUAAUUCACAUCAGAUUCAUAAUUAGAGGGUUUAAGUUCAGGUGGAAUAUAUGAGACUGAUUUACCUAUUAAAUGAUAUAGUAAUGGAAUUGAUAAACUGGUUCUCAUCUACGCUAAA